AUGAGCCGCGGAGGAGGAGGAAUCGACAAGGAGUUUGUGGAGGAACGAGUGGCCUUUACGGUCAAUCAAGAGCGGCCGGAUCAUUUCAUUCCCCGUAUUUCUGUCUCCAAAACGUCUGGUUCCAGUGGCCGCGUCGAAAAGUCCUUUCGGCCCAUGGAACCCAGCGAUGUUGCUAGGAUUUUGGAUUACGAAGGAGUUCCGGAUCCACCGCCGGAUGGAGCCAUGAUGCACGGAGAAAUGACUGAAGAUGAUAUAGAUUUCCCCAGUCGGCACUUUUGUAUAAGAGGAGGCUUCUUGUUUUACUUUGAUUUGAGUGAUAUUACUGGUUCGGGGCAAUCGCACUAUGUCGAAUAUCAUGGAGCACCAAUUGGAGUCAUUCCCCUGGACAAGGUGACGAUUUCUCUCCCUCCGGGGGGUCGUCGUGUCUUUCGUGAGCACGCACAAACCAGUGCCAAGACGGGAUAUGAGAUUGCUAUUUUGCAUGGAGGAAGUGCGGAAGGAGGAGAUGGAAAUCGUCCUCCUGCUUUUAUUGCUGCGCGGACACUACAAUUGAGAGAACGAUGGGCUGAUGCCAUUAAAGCCAGGGCAGGACAGGAGAGACAUACCAAGUUAAGAACUGUCUUUAACUUUUCGCAAGCCUCCGCGCUGAAACCCCAGGAUAUGCUCAAGAAAAGCGGCAAUUCUGUCAACACCGAGACCUUGCGCAAACCGAAGAAGGGAAAGAAAAAUCGCAAGCAUUUGCAAAGUUCGGAUGACAAGGAUGGCGGUAGCCAUGAAAACCUGGUGCAAGACUCCUUGCAAGACUUUGGAAAGUCGGCAUUCAACGAAAAGGCAUUUGUGGAUAACUAUUUCGAAAAAUACAGCGAGAAAGAUGCGGAGGAUGAAUGUCGACUCAUGGAGCAAAAGCAAACGGCUAUCAAGAAGGGACUCAAGACGGCAAUUUUAGAACAAUAUGAAUACUUUGUCGAAGCAUCAGCCGAAAUGACCAAGAUGGGUAAAGAGGUUGGAGAAUUAAAGAACAUGGUAGAAACUCAAGUAGAAACCGUGAAGGAUAUGAAGGAGAUUGAUUUUGGACUCACCUCCAACUUGGAUGACGGCGAUGAGAAUGCAAGUUAUCCCGAUGACAUGUUCAAUGAUGCUCGAAAAAGUGGCGGCGCUUCCAGCAGACGUCGAUUGGAUGACGAUCAGUCCGACGCCAGUAGUGUUUCUUCGAAUGGAGGUGAAGCACCAAAAUUCGAAACCGGCCUUCGGUUUCGCGAUGCCGAUGCCAAAGAUGGAGCCAUUGGAAUUCCAUCCUAUUUGGAUGAUUCUAUCGAAGAAAUCACCGCUUUUGUGAAGGAGAGUCGAUACACGGAUGCUACUGAUCUUUGGGCCAAGGCCAAACAAGACGUAUCUGGAAUUAUGCAACAACACGAAACUCCAACCAACAACUACCUCACCCGGAAGCAAUUUGCCCAAGUCCAAACCCUUAUUACCAGUCUGGAUGAUUUAGCAGAAAUUAUUAGCAAUCGAUUGGUGGAGAAUCUUCGGCGAAAGAAUGAAGCUCUCAAGCAAGCCUCCAAAAGAGAGCGAUCCGCAGCCUCCACCCAAAUGGUUCCUUCGGUGUCCCCGUGCUGCCUUAAUGACGACUUGGUGUCGUUGCGACUCCUUGUAAAGCUUGGAAAGACUCAAGAUGCAGCUACAGCGUAUUCGGCAAGAAGAUCGCUCUUGUUGCUCGAAAGUCUGCAUGAACGUCCACUAGCAGGAACUGGUAAUGUUGAUUUGGUAAUCUAUGCUGCGCAAUUGAGCCAAUCUUUCUUCUCGUGUCUAGCUGGUGCAAUUGAGGGUUUCCUAGACCUAUUCUUGACAGUACCACCAAAUGGAAAGGAGGAAGGCACCAUUAGUACGGAUGGCGGAAUACAUAACCUACCAGCUGGUGCAUUGGCUAGCAUUGUCUUGUGGUGCGAUGCUGAAUUGUCCAAGUUUGCUGCUGCCUUUGGAGGUGCGCGUAUUUUGGGCAACCUACCGCUCUCUCCACCACCCCGCGACGCGGCCAAGAAAGGACCACGUGUCCUGGGAAAGACCAAUGGCAACAAGGACAGAGAGAGUGCCAUUGAAACUGCUGCAGAGUGCGUCAGCCAAGCCUUUCAGUAUGCUUCCGAAAAUUUGGAUACUGUUGGCUUGCCCCUUACGCCUCGUUUGGCCGAGUCCCUCAGGAAACGUCUAAAGGGAUGCGAGUCGGAAGUGGCCAAGUCAAUGGAAGACCAAUGGAGAGCGAUUGUCUUGGAGUGGGAAUUCGCAGUAGACGAUGAUGGUCGAAUGAUGUAA